CUCUUCCACACUCACACCACACCUCCAUAGCCAAGAACAACAUUUCACCCUAGCUGUACACUGUGCCGCAGCUCGUAGGGUUCUUGAGCAAGAACUUUUUACUCCUCUCCUCACCGUGAAAAGAUCGAUCUUUGCGGGGCGCGCAUGCACCAGCAUCACCCGGCGGCGGCCAUGGGCGACGCGCUGUGGGAGCUGAUCGGGGAGGAGAUGGCGGCGGCGGAGGCUGCCUCCGGGGAGCACGGCCUUCCCCCAGGCUUCCGUUUCCACCCCACCGACGAGGAGCUCGUCACCUACUACCUCGCCGCCAAGGUGUUCAACGGCGCCUGCUGCGGCGGCGUGGACAUCGCGGAGGUGGACCUGAACCGGUGCGAGCCGUGGGACCUCCCGGAGGCGGCGAGGAUGGGGGAGCGGGAGUGGUACUUCUUCAGCCUCCGCGACCGCAAGUACCCCACGGGCCUCCGCACCAACCGCGCCACCGGCGCCGGCUACUGGAAGGCCACGGGGAAGGACCGGGAGGUUCUCAACGCCGCCACCGGCGCCAUCCUCGGCAUGAAGAAGACGCUGGUCUUCUACAGGGGACGCGCGCCACGUGGGGAGAAGACCAAGUGGGUCCUCCACGAGUACCGUCUCGACGGCGACUUGGCCGCCGGCCGCCGCUCCUCCAAGGAAGAAUGGGUGGUGUGCAGGAUCUUCCACAAGGUAGUAGACCAAUACAGCAAGAUGAUAGAGAUGAGGAACCCCUACUGCUACCUCCCCAUGAACCACCACCACCCAAGCUUCUUCCAUGACGCACCUGUCCCCUUCCUAAACCCUAGCCAGCUCCUCCCCUACCACCAUGACCUCCCAAACCUGCAGUCAUCUCCAUUAAUGCAGAACCAGGCCAAGAACUCAAUCACCAACAAUGGCGGGUUCCCAGCAGCAGCUUGCACGCCGGAGCAGCCAAACAGCAGCUGCAACACAGCAUAUUUCCCUUUCCCGUCCUUCACCUCUAUCGCCAAUGGCAAGGCGGGCCAACCGGCGCAGCUCGGGGUCAACGGCGCUCCACAGGAGCCACCGCCGACCUGGCUGGACGCUUGCCUGCAGCACAGCGCCUUCGUGUACGAGAUGGGCCCACCUGCAUCCACCAGGGGCGCAUGAUCCGGAUCAUUCGUUUCCUAGCUAGGGCUACCCAUUUCGAUCAUUCGGCUAUAUUAUGUUGCAGCUUUUGAUUAGUACUCCUAGUUUGCAAGUGUGAUCGAUAUUUAGACAAACACUUGUACCUUAUUUUUACUUCUUCAGAUUUAUCCUUAAUUUAGUUCCCGUGUAGCUUGUAUGCAUUGGAUCACUGGAGUAGUAGUAGUAGUAGACUAGCACUAGAGUACUAAUCUCUUGAUCCGUGCAUGUAUCCGCAUGCAAUAUGGUCCUAUCUAUUGAUAAUUUCUAUAUGUAACGAAGAAUGGGUCUUUUUUUU